GGGAGCCUGUGGGAGCUCUUACUUGAAUACUCAAUAUGUUGUCCACCGCAAAAUCUGCUCUGCGGCCCUCUCUGGCUCGUCUAUUUGCCGCUUCCGCGACCAAAAGGUCUCUUCACACUCUUCCGGACCUACCUUAUGUUUACAAUGCUCUUGAGCCAUACAUCUCCGAGGCAAUAAUGAAGCUCCAUCACUCUAAGCAUCAUCAGACCUACGUUAAUGGACUUAAUGCCGCAGAGCAAUCUUAUGCGAAGUCACCUUCCGUCAAGGAGAAGAUUGCCUUGCAGUCAGCACUGAAAUUCAACGGCGGCGGCCACAUCAACCAUUCGUUGUUUUGGAAGAAUCUUUCGCCCUCUAAUGCUGACGGCGGCAACCUUCCCGAUGGUCCCCUGAAAAAAGCAAUUGAACGUGACUUCGGAUCUGUGGAAGAAUUCAAGAAGCAGUUCAAUGCUGCUACCGCAGCUAUCCAGGGUAGCGGAUGGGGAUGGCUCGGCUACAACUCUGCCACCAACAGGCUUGAGAUCGUUACGACCGCCAACCAAGAUCCUUUACUUUCUCAUACACCCAUUAUCGGCGUUGACAUUUGGGAACAUGCUUUCUACUUACAGUACCAAAAUGUCAAGGCAGAUUACCUCACCGCAAUUUGGAACGUCAUCAACUUCAAGGAGGCAGAGCAAAGGUUGGCUGAGGCUGCCAAUUAGCUCAGUUGUUUGUGUGUGUUUUUGCGUCAUUGCAUAGUAAACUUCCGUCGCAUAAUGUGAUACGUUCUUAUGAAGUUGAACACACGUUAAAGUUGCAGUUAAGUACCAGUCUAC